UUUUUGCUUUUUCUUUUUUUUUUUUUUGAGUUUUCUAUUGUUUCCUCCUGUACGAUUCUUGUCGAUCCUCGCGCGCGCCUCUCCGUGUGUGUGUGUGAGGAAAAGAGAGAGAGAGAGAGACCGCUUUGCAUUGCGGGUAAUUGAUAACUACCAUAUAGAAAGUGCUUUCGAGUAGAAACUAUGACCGGGCAACGAUUUUAUCGACUGUACUUGCCCCUGCUCGUCAGCCUAUUCCUGAUUAUUGGCCCGAUCUUGACAGCCUCACAGCAGCAGGAUCCUUGCUAUUACGAUGGCAAGCCGCGUAAGUGUCUGCCAAGUUUUGUGAAUGCUGCCUAUGGCAAUCCCGUGAUGGCAUCCAGCGUAUGCGGUGCCCAGCAGCCGGAACGUUAUUGUGAACUCCAACGGGAUGGGAAUCUGGGCGAAUGUCGCAUGUGCGAACGUCCAAAGAGCAGCAGCAGCUUCAGCGGCAACAGCCACGGAGAAUCUCAUCGAUUUGCUACCUCCGCUCUGACAGAUUUGAAUAAUCCCAGCAAUGUCACUUGCUGGCGAUCGGCUGGAGUGAAUGUGCCCCAUGACCCGGAUACUGCGCCACCAGAUAAUGUCACAUUGACGCUAUCGCUGGGCAAAAAAUAUGAGCUAACUUAUAUAUCGCUUUCGUUUUGCCCGAAAUCACCAAGGCCCGAUUCAUUGGCCAUAUACAAGAGUUCUGAUUUUGGGCAGACCUGGCAACCCUUUCAAUUCUAUAGUUCACAAUGCCAAAAGUUCUAUGGGCGCCCAGAUCGGGCCAAAAUAAGCAAGUUCAAUGAACAGGAGGCACGUUGCAUGAACUCUCAACACGAUGCCGGCGGUGGGGGAGGAGGCGCUCAAAGAUUUGCAUUCAAUACACUCGAAGGUCGCCCGUCGGCAAAUGAUUUGGACUCUUCGCUGGUUCUUCAGGAUUGGGUCACAGCCACAGAUAUUCGUGUUGUGUUCCAUCGCCUGGAAUUGCCGCCACAGCUUCUUCUACUCAAUCGCGAGAAGAUGAGGAGCAAAAAUGCCAACAGCUUUAGCGAUGAAAUGGAUGAAGAAGAGGAACUUGAACUGGACGAUCGGGAUGAUGAAUACGAUUACAAUUUGCAAGAUAAUGACAGCAGUGUCGGCCAUUACGAUGAGGAGGAAUAUGAAGAGCCCAAAAAACAUCUCGAACUGGAGGAUGAUCUUCAUUUGGAUUAUGCCAAUGAUGGUGGACAAACUGAUAAUGGUGCCGGGGGAAAGCGUUUAGCCAAACAGAAGGAAAAACAACAUUAUCAAAGUAAAUUAUCAGCCACAAGUUCGACCACCCCAUCACCAGGACAAGCCGGACCACCCGGAUCGCCAUCGGAUGCAGCAAAGACCACACCAUCUGUUGGCCCCGCCAGCAAACAGCAGCAGCAGCAGCAACAGCAGCAACAACAGCAACUGGGAGCAAUUGCCACCCUAAAAUCGGUUAGCAUCGACGAUUCCUCCUCCAUAACGCAGCAUUAUGCAGUUUCCGAUUUCGCCGUCGGCGGACGUUGCAAGUGCAAUGGCCAUGCCUCCGAAUGUGUGGCAACUAUUACCCCUGCCAGCCAUUCCCAUUCGCACUCUAGUGAUCCCUCAGAUGAUGUCCCAGAUGAUGAUAUGCCAGUUCACAGCCAUUUCAGGCGACUACCAUCUGUCGCCUCAUCAAACACAGCGCUCAAUGCCAAACUGACAAUGACCUGUGCCUGCAAACACAAUACGGAUGGACCCGAAUGCGAGCGAUGCAAAAAUUUCUACUUCGACCGUCCCUGGGGGCGAGCAACCGACAGUGAUGCCAACGAAUGCAAGAUGUGCCAAUGUAAUGGACAUGCACGACGUUGUCGCUUCAAUUUGGAAUUAUAUAAACUAUCUGGCCGAGUAUCUGGAGGAGUUUGUUAUAAUUGUCAACACGAUACAACGGGUCGUUAUUGUCAUUAUUGCCGUGAGGGUUAUUAUCGUGAUGCCACCAAGCCGCCAAAUCAUCGUAAAGUCUGCAAACGUUGCGAUUGCCAUCCAGUUGGUUCAACGGGCAAGACCUGCAAUCAUUUGAGUGGUCAGUGUCCAUGCAAGGAAGGCGUCACUGGCUUGACCUGCAAUCGGUGUGCUCGUGGCUAUCAACAGACACGCUCCCAUGUGGCGCCCUGCAUCAAAGUGCCAACCAAUGCGAAUAUGAUACAAGCCGAGAGUGCUGCCGGUGGCGGUGGAGGAGGCGGUGGCAGUGGUUCCAAUGGUGACUAUAAAGAUGGCAGCGGUUCACAGGCCGAGGAAAUGAAAAAAUAUUGCGGCAAAUGUAAGGCCAGUCCCAAGAAAUUAAAUCUAAAUAAAUUUUGCAUGGAAGAUUAUGCCAUUUUGGCAAAGGUAAUUGGCCAUGAUCGCGCCUCACAGGACAUUAGCACAGAGAAGUUCUCGAUUGAACGGCAAAAUGAGAUUUACAAAUAUGAAAUAAAUAUACAGACAAUUUUCAAAAGGAAUCCCAUGUCAGGCACAACCAGCUCCUUGCUGGGUCGUGGCAAUAUGAUGUUGCUGGUGCCACGAAAAAGCAUCGAGUGCCAGUGUCCCAAAAUCAAGUUAAACAAAUCAUAUCUCAUACUAGGACGCGAUUCGGAGGCAGCGCCUGGCUAUUUGGCCAUCGGUCCCAGUUCAGUUGUCUUGGAAUGGAAGGAUGAGUGGUCGUUGCGCAUGAAACGCUUCCAGCGGCGAGCUCGCAAAUGCAGUUGAAUCGAACCGGAAACGGAAUAUGUCAGAGCGGAUUUCAAUUUCAUACACUUGGCUAGGUAUCGGUUUUUGUAUAAAUUGUACAGUUUACUCAAGUUUCUGACCUUCUUCGGCAUCAUGCUAUAAAUUGAAUAAUCCAGCUAAAACAAACAAACAAAAAAAAAAUACAAAAAAAAAUAACAAAAAAAAUACAAAAAAAUAUCCAAUAUCACAAAACUAUACAACACAAAGAAAAAAAGCAAGA